GCAACAGUACCUCCCCCAUCAUCUCGGUAUAUUAGAGAGAGAAAGAGCCGCACGCAGAGAACACAGUCUGGGUUACAGAGAACACUAAGCACCGAGACACCGAGCUGGGAUUCCUUUGUUCUGGAAUUCCCGAUUUUAAGUAUUUUACCUUUGAUGUUUUUUAACUGGAAACGAAUGGAAUCUUCCUGAGUUUUUUACGGAUUAUAACGUACUUGUUGUUACAUGGUGAAGGAAAUAUGUCGGGCAGAACAAUGACACGGCAAGUACUGUUGUUUAUCUCCGUCCUCUCUCUCAGUUCAGUACACGGGCAGGUCAGUUACUCCAUUCCCGAGGAAAUGGCGAAAGGCUCUUUAGUCGGUAACAUAGCGCAGGAUUUGGGUUUAGAUAUCAAAAGACUGAAAUCUGGUAAUGCUCGCAUACACGUUGGGAACAGUGCGGAAUACAUCGAGCUGAAUAAAGAAAGGGGAGUCCUCCUUGUCAAAGAGAGAAUAGACCGUGAGGCGUUGUGCAGACAGACGACGCCUUGCGCAUUGCAUUUUCAGAUAAUUAUGGAGAACCCAAUAGAAUUUUAUCGGGUUACUGUUGAGAUAACCGAUAUCAAUGAUAAUGCUCCAGUUUUUCAAAUGCACGAUAUGAAAUUUGAGAUAAGCGAGUCCGCUAAUACGGGGGCAAAAUUCGUCUUGGAGAGAGCUUUUGAUUCUGAUAUCGGGUUAAAUGGACUCCAAACCUAUUCGCUUAAUCCAACCGAUAAUUUUGUUUUAAAACUACAAGGUCAGGCUGAUGGAAUCAAAGUAGAGAUGGUUUUACAGAAGCCUUUAGAUCGAGAGAAACAGGAGCAGAUGUCUUUAGUGUUAACUGCCCUCGAUGGAGGAGACCCUCAGAUGUCUGGGACAGUGCAGAUUCACGUCACUGUGCUAGAUGCUAACGAUAAUGCUCCGGUUUUUACACAGGCAGUAUAUACGGCGAGUGUUGUAGAGAACUCACAGAAGGGUACUUUAUUAACUACAGUCAGUGCCACUGAUAUAGAUCAUGGAUCAAAUGGUUUAGUCACAUAUUCUAUAUCAAGCAGCACAGUUGGUAUUUUGGACCUAUUUGAAAUAGAUGAGAGUAAUGGCGAAGUGCAUUUGAUUAAUGAGGUCGACUAUGAAACUGCAAAACAUUAUCAAAUAGACGUGAAAGCGAAAGAUCAAGGUGGUCUUACAGAUUCCACUAAACUGAUAGUCGACAUUAUCGACGUUAACGACAAUAAACCAUUAAUUGAUUUGAUGUCAACUUCUAAAUCAAUACCAGAAAAUUCCCCUUCUCAGACAGUCAUAGCUGUAAUGAGCGUCCACGACCCAGACUCUGAUAGUAACGGAGUGGUGGACUGUGUUUUAACUGAAAAUAUUCCCUUUACCAUUAAAUCUACAUCUAAUGGCUUCUAUAGUCUAGUAACAGACAGUGACUUGGACCGAGAGAGAGCCUCUGAAUAUAACAUCAGUGUGACGUGCUCUGAUGAGGGAGUGCCCUCUCUCUCCAGCAGCGUCACUCUCACCUUACAGAUAUCAGAUGUGAAUGACAACGCGCCUGUCUUUGAGAGGAGCUCAUAUGAGGCCUACAUUAUAGAAAACAACACACCGGGCCUCUCUAUAUUCACAGUGAAAGCCAGAGACGCUGACUGGAACCAGAAUGCCCGUGUUUCUUACAUACUGGAGGACUCCUCGGUUAACGGAGUGCCCGUCUCCUCGUAUGUGUCCGUUAGUGCUGAUAGUGGAGUCAUCCAUGCAGUGCGCUCUUUUGACUACGAGCAGAUCAAGGAUUUCCAGUUCCGUGUAAAAGCGCAGGAUGGAGGCUCCCCUCCUCUCAGUAGCAAUGUGACUGUGAAAAUAAUGAUCCAGGACCAGAACGACAACGCGCCUCAGGUUCUGUACCCAGUCCAGACUAGCAGCUCUCUGGUGGCUGAAAUGGUGCCUCGUUCAGCAGAUGUGGGAUAUCUUGUCACUAAAGUGGUGGCUGUUGAUGUGGACUCUGGACAGAAUGCCUGGCUCUCCUAUAAACUGCAGAAAGCGACAGACAGGGCGCUGUUUGAAGUGGGCUUACAGAAUGGAGAAAUAAGAACUAUACGCCAAGUCACUGAUAAAGAUGCUGUGAAACAAAGACUCACUGUUGUAGUGGAGGACAACGGGCAGCCCUCUCGUUCAGCUACAGUCAAUGUUAACGUGGCGGUGGCGGACAGCUUCCCUGAAGUGCUCUCGGAGUUCACUGACUUUACGCACGACAAGGACUACAACGAUAACCUGACUUUUUACUUAGUCUUGGCUUUGGCUGUAGUCUCCUUUCUGUUCAUCACAUGUUUAGUGGUUAUUAUAUCAGUGAAAAUAUACAGAUGGAGACAGUCUCGCGUCCUCUAUCAUUCCAAUCUCCCUGUUAUUCCGUAUUAUCCACCGCGUUACGCAGACACUUUGGGGACAGGAACUCUACAGCACGUGUACAAUUACGAGGUGUGCAGGACGACUGACUCCAGAAAGAGUGACUGUAAGUUCGUCAGACCGUGUAGUCAGAACGUACUGAUAAUGGACCCCAGUUCUACAGGGACGAUGCAGCGGAUGCAGAGUGAGCAGAACAUCCUGGAUGAACCAGACUCUCCACUAGAGGUCUGUUAUAUUUGAGUCAUUAUCCUUCCC